CUUCGACAUCCGCAUUUCCUGCCACGCACGCAAGGAGUUAUAGAAAUACAGGAUCUCAGCUGGACGAAGUCAACACCCCUCGAAUUCAUCCAUUGAAAAGAAAUCACACUGCCGGUGUCGCUCAUAUUUCAUAAUGUCCACAUCUCAAGGAGUUAAUGUGCUUCGGUGGUCGGCUUUGGUCGCAGGCAUAUUCUACGGAUUCUCACACCAAAGAACAAUUUCCGCAAAUACAGCUGCAGCUCAUGCGCAGGCGGAAUACCAACACAAGGUCGAUUUAAUACAAAAAGCCAAAGCUGAAUGGGCUAAGAAGACUUUGCCUCCUCAGGCGAAGACGGCCAGCGGUGAUAUUAUCACGGAUCCCAACGACAAGAACUUUGACCUCGAGGCCUAUCUCACGAAACUAUCGGCCGAAAGCUGAAGGACCGGUAGCGGUAUUAUGUUUUGACCCAGGAAGAUGGAGGAAGUGAAGCCGGAUGGGUGGGCUCAAUUAGACAUGGCGUUUAUGCGCAGUUGAUACGCGGCAUUCUACUCGCAGUGAAUGGCGCCGAUGCCGUUGAUGAGUGGAAGAGAUUCCGAGAUCCAGCAAGAGAUUUGUACAUACAUUGCGCAGCAGAAAAGCGGUCUGUAAAACCAUGGUUCAAUUUGCAUACUGUUCCGGACUUUCCAUGUACGUUCUUGGCUCUGCUAUGAGCAAUGGGACAACUUCUUUUGAGUAGGACAAUGGGCUUCUUGGACGAUUAAUGUUGUCUAGGUCAUGCUCUCUAGUUCUCGCACCCAUGCAACAAUUGACCGCUGACAAAAUUGACAUACCAGUCGGGCUUCCGUUUGUGCUCUCAAACCCGUACCGAAUCACACGACGCGGACCACCGAAGUCAAUAUGGCUCUUCUCGUGACUUUCG